AUGCCACGCGGCAUCUCAAUGAGAUCCUCCCUGAGGAGCCGAGAUUCGUCCUCGACAUCGACCGGGGUCGAUCCUCGAGAACGCGUCAAAGACUGCUGCCGAAAGCUGGUGGCUUUCAUGUGCACUCAGGUCGGCGUGGGCGGUCUGGUAGUGGGCUAUGCCAUUGUCGGUGCCUUUGGCUUCAUAUCGAUCGAAUCUCAGGUCAAUCAAACAGUGUGUGUGCAGGAUGAUACACGUCGGGAAUACGCCAACGAACUAUGGUUGAGGACCGCUAGCAAUCAGUCGGUGAACGUAUUCAACCAAACUGCUUUCUACGUGGUGUCCAACAGUAUUCUACAACGUUAUCAAGAAAAUAUUACUGGUAGAAAACAACAGAAGCUAAACUGCAAUGGUCUAGCACCUCAAGAUGUCUGGACAUUCCCAGCGGCGUUGAUGUUCUGUCUCUCGGUGUUCACUAUGAUCGGCUAUGGCAGCCUGGUGCCGAAGACCCAGUGGGGUAAAGGCGCCACUGUAAUUUACGCUGUGCUAGGCAUUCCAUUGUACGUGCUCUAUUUUUUGAACAUGGGCAAGGUGUUUGCACAGACUUUUAAAUGGCUGUAUACGCAAUUACACGAGUGCACUGGUCAGCGGAAACCUGGACAGAGAAUUAUCGUGCCCUCGACUGCUUGUCUCUGGGUAAUAUUCGGCUACAUAAUCGUUGGUUCCAUUAUAUUUGCUGAGUGGGAAGGAUGGGACUAUCUGGACAGUACUUAUUUCUGCGUCACCUCGCUCUGCAAGAUCGGUAUGGGCGAUCUAGUUCCAGGCUGGAGCCACUCUACGGAGGACAGCCAGACAAAGCUCAUCAUUAAUUUUGUGUACAUGUUGUUGGGCAUGGGUCUAAUAGCCAUGUGCUAUAAUCUGAUGAAAGAAGAGGUAUACGUGAAGGCUCGAGAACUCAAGGAACAGCUGAAUCAAGUGAUGGAUACAAUUCAUUAUAAAUUAAUAACAUGUUGUAAAUCGGAACCUACCGAUUAAGAGAUCAAAAAUGAUUCACAGGAUGAAUUAUAAAAGUCAUAAAUAGUGCCAAAAUAUAUUA